AUGCGCCCCUCAGCCAUUUGUCCUCUGCCAGUGGUCAGACGGAACCCGGCGCUCACCGUCGACCGGGCGCGGACGCUGCUGCGCGGCGGCGCUGACUCUUCCUCCGGCGAGCCUUCUGCCCUCGAGCGGGCGCGCGUCCUCUGCUCGUGGAGCGAGUCGGAUCCGACCGCUGCGGCCAUCGGUUCCACAGUCGGGAUCCGCUCUCUCGUCUCGCGGCCGUCGCUCAACGGCAAGGUUGGCCUCGUCGUCUCCGCAAACGCUUCGACGGCCCGCUUCGGCGUGCGCGUGGCGGGCGAGGCCAAGGCACUCGCACUGAGGCGCGCUAUGCAAUGGCCGGCCAACCUGCAGCCAGCGGCCGAGGCGGUGGAGGUGGGCAGGCUGGUCCUCAAGGCGGCGGAGUGGUCGCCGCAGUCGCACGAGCUCUUCCCGGAGGCGGCUCGCAAGUGGGCGGUCGAGGUGAUGCGGCUGGGCUACCUGAUCGCUUGGGACGAGGAGCGCUUCGUUGGCCGCGAGGGAGCGGCUCCAGAACUGGCGGACAUCUGGCGCAGUUUCGUGCUGCCAAGGGUGGUGGUGCGGGCCGCCGCCGACGUGCGCAGACGCACAUCGCGCCGCCCAUGA